CCAGAGUCAUAGAAAUCUCUUCCGUCAUGCACGUCCUGCUGAAUAUUCAAUUCCGCGUGAGAGAUCAAAGUGUGUUUUAAGACUGAACCACGGAAUUUAGCUCCGUCCGUGGAUUGAACUGAAAAGUGGACGAUUAGGCUAUAUACCUUGAUCAUUUUCAUUCUGAAAUACAGUAACUGGCGUGGCCAGAUCCUAUCGAUAGAACAUGAAGUCUUUUAUAUGCCUAUUUGUUUUUAUUACGUUGGCUUUAUCUACAGUUUCCACUGCAGAAAUAAACAACACGCCAAUCAUCGGUGUUUUGGCUCAAACAUUACGUACACCGCUGCCCCAAGGAAGCUCUUACAUUGCUGCGUCAUAUGUGAAGUACUUGGAGUCUGCUGGAGCUAGAGUUGUACCCGUGAAAGUAAAACAGUCUCGCGAUGAAUAUAAAAGGCUGUUUAACUCCAUCAAUGGAGUGCUAUUUCCUGGCGGAGGUGUCAACCUAACCUCAUCGGGGUAUGCUAAAGUUGCUAAAACUUUUUAUGAGCUCGCUAUAAAGGCUAAUAAUAAAGGUGACUACUUCCCUAUAUGGGGAACCUGCCUUGGCUUUGAGGAGCUGACAUACCUUACCAGUGGAAAGUUGCUUCUGACUGCUACAAACACUUCUGGAGUUGCACUUCCCUUGAAUUUUACAAACGAUUCAGCAAAGAGCCGAAUGUUCAGAGACUUCCCAGCAGACGUCAUGAGAGCUCUGGCCUCAGAGCCAAUAACGGCAAACUUUCAUAAGUGGAGUCUCAGCAUUGAGAGUUACAAUAAAAGUCAGGAGCUGAGAAAUUUCUACAACAUCUUAACCACAAAUACUGAUGGGAAAGUGGAUUUUGUGUCAACCAUGGAGGCAUACGACUUCCCUUUCUAUGGAACUCAGUGGCACCCGGAGAAGAAUGUCUUUGAGUGGACCGAGCCUGUCAUCCCACAUUCCCCAUCUGCAAUGAAGGCUACCUUUCACAUGGCUGACUUCUUUGUCAAUGAAGCAAGAAAAAGCUCUCAUCGAUUUUCAAGUAAAGAAGAAGAACUGGAAGCUCUGAUCUACAACUACUGUCCUGUUUAUACAGGGAAAAAGUCUGCCUUUGAGCAGACAUACAUUUUUAAAUAGAUGAUUUAAAAGAAAAAUGUUGACAUGUUAUAUUUUCCUUUUGUGCCAUUUGAACAUGCUGUGCAUCCAGUUUACAAAAUAAAUUUUUAUUGAAAUUUUUAAAAAUACAAAAUACACUAAAAAAAUUUUUUAAGAAGGACAAUCAAAAAGUGCUCCAGUUUGUCAGAUAACACUGUAUGAUGUAACUCGUUUUGUUGUAAUUUUUCGCAGAUAGAGGCUUUCGCAGAUGCCUUUUAUGCAAUCUGCACAUGUGCCAUUUCAACACCAUCCAAAUGAAUGGCGCCAUUUUAGCAAUACUCCAGUCACACCAUGAAAGUGAGAUCUUGGACACAAUGUCUGGUGAGGGCUGCAUUCCAGAAUCUCUCCAUUUCCAUACUGGAGGCUUGAGUCCCUGUUUGGGCAAACUGUCAAGGACCGACGGUGAAGUUUCCUGCAUUUGUCACGUUGUUGUAUGGCAUGUUUUCUUUUUUCGUUGGUCCAUCAGCAGUAAGUCUGGGUCUUUGCUCUUCUCUUCAGGCCCUCAUGUUUCUGUCUGUUUGGGAAUGUUAUUGUGCACACAUUGAAGGCCACAGUGUUUGCCUUGACAAACGUCUCCGCCAAAGAUCUACGAGGAGAAUGUGGAAUGCCCCGACAAAGCUGUCUGCCUUGCUCAGGAAGAGGGCUUUGAUUCGGUCAGAUGGCUGACAGAAGCCAGAAAUAAUAUCUGAGUUUCGCUGUCCCAAGCUUGGGCUGGUCCCGUCAAGCAGAGUUUAGCAUGGCUGACUGCCUGUUAGCUUGGGAGGACUUCAUGUGGAGUGUAUAUCUAACUGUCCCUCUUUCUCCAGGGCUUUAUUUUAAGUACUCUUUGCCGCCCUGAAGUGUGAACUCCGUUCACUCCUGGAAGGUGUCAGAGGCUGGCGUCCUCAUCCAGCUGAGGCUCUGGUAGAUGAGUGUUGACUGCUCUUGCAGGAUGGCGGCCGGUCAUGUGACCCCAUUACUGCGUGCCAUUUUCCCUGCUGGAUUUGUCCAGCUUGAGCCAAAAGGAGAAUGAGUAUUAUAAAGGCAGGUGAAAUGUGUUAAUGUUGAGAGUGUCUGCAGGACGGUGCAUAAUUGGCCGUAUUGUUAUUUCAGUCUGCCUCGCUGCGAAUUGGCACCCCCUGUGGCUGAUCAGGUGCCUGCAGUCUACCCACUCCCACUGUCCAAAUGCGCAGCUUUCUGGUACGAUGGCUGCAUAGCUCAGGUGAUGGACUGUAGAGUGAUAGUAAGUGGUGGCUGCAGCUAUCAUGUGAUUCAAAGAGCACACAUGCUAAUAUGGGCUGUCGUGAGUUGGCUGAUGUUGCAUUGUCGAUGCUGAGUUAAAAUAGUAUAUAUUCUUACAGAAAUUUCACUUGAUUGUUUAAAAACUGAAAUUUUAUUUGUAUUCUUGUAAAACUAGUAUUGCUGGCAAUAUUUCAGCAGUCAUGUACACUGGAUAAAACUAUACUGUGCUGGCUACUUCACAUAAAUAAAACAAUCAGUGCAAAAAAUGUC